CUGACUGAACGUUUUGCUGUACAGUCGGUCGAUUUGUUUUGCUCCGGCUUUUCGAAUUGUGAUUUUAAAUUUAGAGAUUAUCACAAAAAUGAGUCGCCGCAAGCGUGCUAAGGUUGAAAACCGUGAACUGGAUGAGAAAUUGAAACAGGAUGACUCUGAAUCAGAUCAGUCUGAAAGAAGUAAAGUCACAUCUUCGAGCCCCACUUCUUUAGCAGGACGUCGGGAGUCUUCGUCCAGCCGAUUUACUGACUCGAAGGAAUUCAAGAAAGACGAUAAACAGUCUCCAGAAGAUGCGAAAAAUGAUGACAUUGAAGAAAUAAACUAUAAAGAGAUGUUGAAUAGCCUGGAAGGUGCAGCAUUUCAAUCACGCUUACCUUUUGACAAAAUGUCAUCUUUAGAAGCUGAGUGUUUCUCUGAUCUCCAAGGAGCUUCAGCUCAAACAUUCGUCCAAAUUAGAAACCGCAUCCUCAAACUGUGGUUCGAAGACCCUAAGAAGCAGCUCACACAAGAACUUGCUAUGCAGAAGAUGGAACCACCUUACAAUGGAGACCCAGCCCUUGUAAUGAGAACCCAUGCAUUUCUAGAAAGGCAUGGGUUCAUCAACUAUGGCAUAUAUGAGCGAAUCACACCAAUACCAAAUCCUCCUAAGGGAAAGCAAAGGCCAAAAGUUAUCAUCAUUGGUGCAGGUGUAUCAGGAUUAGCCGCAGCUCGUCAACUACAAUCCUUUGGCUGUGAGGUUGUCAUACUGGAGGGCAGGGAUAGGGUUGGCGGCAGGGUUGUCACAUACAGGAAGGGUCCAUAUGUAGCUGAUCUAGGUGCAAUGGUGGUGACUGGACUGGGUGGAAAUCCAGUCACAACAUUGUCAGUGCAGAUGAAUAUGGAACUUCAUAAAAUAAAGCAAAAAUGCCCAUUGUAUGAAGCAACUGGCAAUCAGGUUCCUAAACAUAAGGAUGAAAUGGUGGAGCGCGAAUUCAACCGCUUGCUGGAUGCUACGUCUUACCUGUCGCACCAAGUCGACUUCAACUACUACAACGACACUCCCGUCUCUCUUGGACAAGCGCUCGAGUGGGUUAUAAAGUUGCAGCAGAAAAAUGUUAAGCAUAAACAGAUUCAACACCUUAAAGCUCUUAUAACCCUCCAAGAGAAACUGAAGACAAAUAUAAAUAAAAUGUCCGACGUCCAAGAACUUCUGAAGUCUAUGAAGGCCGAGAAAGACUCGUUGCUUUUGGAAAGAGAGAAAGGCACCGCAGCAGGAGACAGCAGCAUUCUGCAGGAGUUCAACCUCCGCCGGCUGAACAGAGAGAUGACUCAGUUGUGUAAUGAAUACGAGUCUUUACUGUCACAGAAUAAGACUAUUGAAGAUAAGUUGGCGCAGCUUGAGACUAAUCCGCCGAGCUCGGUGUACCUGUCGGUGCGCGACCGGCAGAUCCUGGACUGGCACUUCGCCAACCUGGAGUUCGCGAACGCGACCCCGCUCGGCAACCUCUCGCUCAAGCACUGGGACCAGGACGACGACUUCGAGUUCACCGGCAACCAUCUCACAGUUCGCAAUGGUUACUCGUGCGUUCCGGUGGCUUUGUCCGAUGGGUUAGACAUCAGACUGGGGACAUCGGUCACCGAUAUCCAAUAUGGCGGCCCGGGUGUCACUGUCAAAGCUGUCAACCCCCGGGCGCAGACCACGCCACAAACUUUUAAAGGGGACGUAGUUCUCUGCACCCUACCACUGGGUGUGUUGAAAAUAGCAGUGGCGAACAACGGCCAGAGUCAACAGAACUUUGUGAAGUUCGACCCGCCGCUGCCUGAUUGGAAGGUGGCGGCAAUCAAACGCCUUGGAUAUGGCAACUUGAACAAGGUGGUGUUAUGUUUCGAGCGCACCUUCUGGGACCCCAGCGCCAAUCUCUUCGGCCAUGUUGGUACCACCACGGCUAGUAGAGGAGAGCUGUUUCUAUUCUGGAACUUGUACAGCGCGCCGGUACUCCUGGCUCUGGUCGCUGGUGAAGCCGCGGCGGUGAUGGAGAAUGUGACUGAUGACGUCAUCGUGGGAAGGUGCAUUGCUGUGCUGAAGAGCAUAUUCGGACAUGCAGCCGUCCCGCAGCCUAAGGAAUGCGUGGUAACCAGAUGGCGUGCGGACCCGUUCGCCCGUGGCUCGUACAGUUUCGUGGCUGUGGGCUCGUCGGGCACGGACUACGAUCUCCUGGCAGCCCCUGUGCCUGGCUCCCCAGGAGACAAUAGGCUUUUCUUUGCAGGUGAACAUACAAUGCGCAACUACCCCGCGACAGUUCACGGAGCGUUCCUCUCCGGGCUCCGCGAGGCGGGUCGUCUCGCUGACCUGCUUCUUCCUCAGCCGCCCAUCACCAAUGCCAGUGUGGCCGCAGUCACCGCCGCCGCCGCUGCAGCCGCCGCAGCUGCCGCCAACCACUCCUGAAAUAAGAAGAAAUAGUAAAAAGUCGCGUGGUCCGUUUUCGAGGCAAUUGCAUGACGACUUUUUACUUGAACAUGAUUGAAGAUUGGGAAGCUUGAAAUUUAGACUAGUAAAUAUAUUAUAGACUGAGAUAUUGUACUUUCAAAUGUCCUUGCCAACUAGUUACCUUGUCGUCAUCAUAUUAAGCAUACGACUGAAACUUUGUAAUCAUGAUUUCUAGAGACAUCGAUUGAAUAAAAAAAGAACAAUUUUCGACUGGUUGAAAGUUUAGACUGAGUUAUUGCACGAAAGCGAAACUAUAACCAAAACUGGAUUUUGAAGGCCGAAACCGAAGCUGAAUAUUAAUCGGUCGGACACUACAUAUCAACCACAACUCUAGUGUAAUUGCUGCCAUGUCGAUG